CGUUCGCUUCGUUCACUUUGCAGAGUUGCCCGUGUGGAACUACGAUGGCAGCUCCUGCUACCAGGCGGAGGGCAGCAACUCGGACACCUAUCUGUAUCCGGUGGCCAUGUACAAGGAUCCGUUCAGACGCGGCAACAACAUCCUGGUCAUGUGCGACACCUACAAGUACGAUGGCACUCCGACGGCGACGAACAAGCGCAAGUCCUGCCUGGAGGUGGUCAACAAGUGCACGGCGGAGGAGCCCUGGUUUGGCAUCGAGCAGGAGUACACGUUCCUCGACUUUGACGGCCAUCCGCUCGGCUGGCCCAAGAACGGUUUCCCCGGACCCCAGGGCCCCUACUACUGCGGCGUGGGCGCCAACAAGGUCUAUGCCCGCGACAUUGUGGAUGCGCAUUAUCGCGCCUGCCUGUACGCCGGCGUCAAGGUGUCCGGCACCAAUGCGGAGGUGAUGCCCGCCCAGUGGGAGUUCCAGGUGGGCCCCUGUCUGGGCAUCUCCAUCGGCGACGAUCUGUGGAUGGCGCGCUUCCUCUUGCAUCGCAUCUCCGAGGAGUUUGGCAUUGUCGCCACUCUGGAUCCCAAGCCCAUGCCGGGCGACUGGAACGGUGCUGGCGCCCAUACCAAUGUGUCCACCAAGGCGAUGCGCGAAGACGGCGGCCUCCAGGAGAUCGAGAAGGCCGUGGCCAAGCUCUCCAAGUGCCACGAGCGUCACAUUCGCGCCUACGAUCCCAAGCAGGGCCAGGACAACGCCCGCCGUCUGACCGGCAAGCACGAGACGAGCUCGAUCAACGACUUCAGCGCUGGCGUCGCCAACCGCGGCUGCAGCAUACGCAUUCCGCGCGGCGUCCACAGCGACGGCAAGGGCUACUUCGAGGAUCGCCGGCCCAGCUCCAAUUGCGAUCCCUACUCCGUUGUGGAGGCCAUAUUGCGCACCAUCUGCCUGGACGAGUAGAGCAGAGUAUAUGCACACUUUAUAGCUUGGACCUGGACCCGGACCCGCCCACAAAUCACGGCGGAGUAACCAUAUAGACGUAGCCAUACACAAUCAAAACUAUAUACCAUAUACUAUAUACUAUAUGUGUAACCAACGUAGCUUUUCCUACCAUACGUUUUCUUUUUUUUUUUUUUUUGUCGACUUCUAAAUGAAUUACCAUCUAAGCAGCUGUUAAAGAUAACUCGAUAUAUGUUUUUUUUUUGUUUUUUUUUUAUUUGUAUUUGUUCUUUUGUAAUUGUUGAGCAUUGUUGUUAGGUUAUAGACAUUAACGGAACACGUUGAAGAAGAAGAAGAAGAAGUUGAAGAAUAAUUAGGUUUAAAGCUGUGCGUCGAUCGAUCAAUUAUUGCCUGCUCAAGGGCCCGCAAAAUUACCAAGUAUACCCAAGAAGAAGAA